AUGGCGGCGGCCUCGCAGGAGAAGCAGCAGCAGCAGCUGCCGGCGUUCGGCGUGCUGAGGAACGCGGCGGCGCUGCUCGACGAAAUGCAGCUCAUGGGGGAGGCGCAGGGCGCCAAGAAGGUGAUCAACUCGGAGCUCUGGCACGCCUGCGCCGGCCCGCUCGUCUGCCUGCCGCAGCGCGGGAGCCUCGUCUACUACUUCCCCCAGGGCCACAGCGAGCAGGUCGCGGCCACCACCAAGAAGACACCCAACUCUCGGAUCCCGAACUACCCGAGCCUGCCGUCGCAGCUGCUGUGCCAAGUCCGCAACAUCACCAUGCAUGCCGACAAGGACACUGACGAGGUCUACGCGCAGAUGACUCUUCAACCAGUGAACUCUGAAACCGACGUGUUCCCGAUCCCGUCUCUCGGAAGCUAUGCCAAGAGCAAGCAUCCAGCCGAGUAUUUCUGCAAGAAUUUGACAGCGAGCGAUACGAGCACGCACGGCGGUUUCUCGGUGCCGCGAAGAGCCGCCGAGAAGCUGUUCCCACAGCUGGAUUACUCGAUGCAACCUCCGAACCAGGAGCUUAUCGUGCGAGAUUUGCAUGAUAACAUGUGGACGUUUCGUCACAUUUAUCGUGGGCAGCCGAAGCGACAUCUUCUAACGACUGGAUGGAGCCUCUUUGUCGGCGCAAAACGGCUUAAAGCAGGGGAUUCUGUCUUAUUUAUCAGGGAUGAGAAGUCACAACUACUUGUCGGUGUUAGGCGUGCCACCAAUCAGCAAACAGCAUUGUCAUCUUCGGUUCUGUCCACUGAUAGCAUGCACAUCGGUGUUCUGGCUGCUGCAGCUCAUGCUGCAUCAAGUGGUAGUUCAUUUACCAUUUACUACAAUCCUAGAACGAGCCCAUCGCCGUUUGUAGUUCCUGUUGCGAGGUAUAAUAAGGCCAACUAUAUCCAGCAAUCAGUUGGCAUGAGAAUGGCUAUGAUGUUUGAGACAGAGGAGUCAAGCAAGCGCAGAUACACUGGUACAAUUGUGGGAGUUAGCGACUCUGAUCCGAUGAGAUGGCCCAACUCCAAAUGGCGCAACUUGCAGAUUGAAUGGGAUGAACAUGGAUACGGAGAAAGACCCGAGCGUGUGAGCAUAUGGGACAUUGAAACUCCGGAGAACACUAUAGUGUUCCCUUCCGCAUCAUUGAAUUCGAAGCGACAAUGCCUGCCUGGUUAUGGAGGUCUGAAAAUAUUUGUUGUACCAUUUCGUAAGUUGGAAACUAACCCUUUUUUUUUACUUGCAGUGCCUGGGCUAGAUAUUGCAUCUGUAAAUAUGUCACCAUUUCAAAGGGCACCUGGAAAUCCAUAUGGUAACUUGCAGCAUAUGCCCGCCGUUGGAUCAGAAUUGGCUAUGAUGAUGUUUCUGAAUCAAUCUGGCCAAAACAUAGGGACUCCACUCAGUUGUCACCAGUCCUCUUAUUCUAGUAUUAUUCAAAAUGUCAAGCAAAACUACAUGCCUCCUUCAACAUUUGGUCAUCCCAUUGGUUCAAUAAAGCCAGAAAGCAUGCCUUCCAAUGAAGCCCAGCAGCAGCAGCUGCAUGCUCCUAAGAUGCAGAGAGGCAAUUCAGAAAGCUGUGAAGUUCAGCCUGCCACUGAUUCAGUUUCUGCGUCGGAGCUACAUGUUGCAGGAAGAGAGCCAAGAAACACAGAUAAAUCUCCAAGUCAAAGCAUUUCAGAGCAAAAUGGCAAGGGUGAGCCUAGAGUCAAGCCUCGGAGGAGCAAGAAAGGCUCAUCUCACAAAACCAUUUCAGAGAAUUCUGAACUUUCUUCGGCACCUUCACGGUUUUGCGAUGACCAACAACAUGUUUCAGAAGCAGAACUAGUCAGUUGUGACACCAAACAUGUUAACUGUGGUAACAAUGAAGGUUCAUCUGGUGCACUUACUCAUGGUGAUUUUGCUGGACAGCUGCAGUGUCAGCAGGUCGAACAAAAUGAACUAGUGUCACCACCAAAGUUGGAAUCAUCAAUAUCACCUGAUGGAGGGAAGUCAGUUAACUCAUUUCCCAACCAGGCGUCUUUUUCGCAGUUCUUCGAUGGUCUGGAUUGGAUGGUUCAGCCUCCCUAUUACCAAGACUCCAAUGGGAUUCAGUCAGUUAGUGCAUCAGAGAACAUCUUCAGUCCAUCUGCUAAUAUAGGUUCCACAAUAAAUACUGAUACUCUGGAGACUUUUCAGAAUUCUUGCCUCUCAGACUGCUUCCCCAAUUCCAUACAAGACUUCAUCGGCAGCCCGGAUCUGCAUUCACUAACAUUUCUGUCACCUGAGAUGCAAAAUCUGGAUGUCCACCACGACGGAAGCAACGUACCGAGCACAUCCAACUCAUAUGUACAAAUGAGCUUCUCUGAAGAUGAUAGUGGAAGUCACAUGGAAUCCAUUCAAAGAGGAAUGAAUAACAUCUCUUCUUGCUCUCAACCACAGACUACCGAGGGCUUUAAUCUGGGAAUGUACUCGAAGUUGCCAAGUUUGAAGGAGUCUCAGGUUUUGUCUCUGCCAGAGAUCCAUAACAGUUCCAGGGGCACAUCAUCAUGCAGCAUGGAUGCAGCAGAGUACAGCAUUGACCGAAGCGCAAAGCCGUUGAAACCACCGGUGCGGACAUACACAAAGGUUCAAAAGCUAGGAUCUGUUGGAAGAUCUAUCGAUGUCACGCGGUAUAGAGAUUACCGUGAGCUGAGAUCAGCCAUCGCAUCCAUGUUUGGGCUCCAGGGGAAGCUCGAGCACCCUGCAAGUUCAGACUGGAAGCUAGUGUACGUCGACUACGAAAACGAUGUGCUUCUUGUUGGCGACGAUCCAUGGGAGGAAUUCAUCAACUGCGUGCGAUGCAUCCGGAUCCUAUCGCCUUCAGAAGUACAGCAGAUGAGCGAGAACGGCAUGCAAGUCUUGAACGACUGCAUCCAAGCAGACCAGUAG